AUGACGCCUGAGGGGGCUGAAGGCGAGACCGGCCAACACGAUUCAAGCCACACAACAACAAGGAUUAUUUCCGACUCCAGCUUUUUCAGGGAGCAUCGGGCGUCUGCGCUCCCUACCCCGGCCGAGGUGAGACUCAUCAACAAGGAGUCAGGUAACUUCCGUGGUACAAUGUUCAACCGACCUCCGCCUGUCAAGUUUCCAUCGUUGGGUUUGAUUGUCAAAUAUGGAGCCGACGCGACCGUUACAGAGGCAGAGACCCAGAUUAUGGUAUACAACCGGCUGAAAGGCAAAGUACCAGUUCCUGAGGUGUAUGGGUGGACCAAAGACGGUCGCCAAGUAUUUAUCUACAUGUCUUUGAUAAAGGGUGAAACCCUGGAGCAAAGAUGGGGUGCUUUGAACAAUGACGAGAGAGAGGCUGUCUGCAAAGAGCUCAAUGGCAUGGUCAAAGCUUGGAGAUCGUUAGAACACCCUGACCAAGCUCUUUACGUGGACUUGGCUGGCCCAUUCCACGGUGCAGACGCCGUCCAGAAAUUUCAGAAUGGCUGCGAUAUCGACAUUGAUGGGGACGUGUCCGUGGUCUUCACACAUGACGACCUUGUGCCCCCAAAUAUCAUGUUAUCGCCCGGGCCGAAUCCAGAAGUAGCUGCCAUCAUUGAUUGGGGCCAGGCAGGGUGGUAUCCUGCUUACUGGGAGUAUUGCAAGGCGCGUCGCGUCAGGCCAAAUCCGGAAUACUUUGACGACGACUUGGAUGAAGAAUGGAAUACGAGAUACCUGCCAACUAUCUUGGACCCGGUCGAUGAUGAGACGGUAUACCACCCUUGGCUAUGGUUUGUCUUGUCCAAGGGCAUCUAG